AUGGCUGACAAGAACCACCCCAACAUUGUGCGACUGUUGGGGUUUGUGGUUGGAGGGGACAUGAGGACACGGCCAGAGCAAAUCUUGAUCUACGAGUUUGUGCCCAACGGUGACCUUGACAAGUGGAUAGGACCAAAAGCACCUGCUCCUCUGAGUCUGAAGCAACGGCUGGACAUUCUGAUCGGCAUUGCACGUGGUUUUGAGUACCUCCACAGCUUCGGCAUUGUGCACCGUGACAUCAAACCCGCCAACAUCCUCAUCACCGAUGACAUGCAGGCCAAGAUUGCAGACUUUGGGCUGUUGAGGAUGGGAGAGGGCACGACAGUGGGCACGACCCGAAUCAUCUUUGCUGUGCUCAUGCUUGUGGUGCUCACUGGACGCCCUCCACUCUCUGAGGAUGCCGGGGACACCAAGCAGAUCAUGUUAUGGGCAUCUAAGUGCCUGUCUUCGGGUGACUUGGGGAGCCUCAAGCACCCCACCAUGGACGCCCCUGAAGAUGCUGUGCUGCGCUUGACUGAGCUGGCAGUCAGCUGCACCGUGGAGCGCACUGCAAGCCGCCCAAGCAUGGCACACAUUGCCAAUGAGCUUCAGGCUGCCAGGGAGGAGGUGGUGGGGAAAGACGAGCUGAGCGCUGCCGUUAAGGUGGAUGCGCAGGUCCGUAUUGUCUUGGAGAGCCGAGCGAGUGUCCUAUCAUUUAUAGCGGCAGUACAUCUUAGAAUGUAG